ACGUAAACAAACAUGGCUGCAAAAUUUCACAUUUUAGACCUUCCACCUGAAUUACUAUUAAAUAUUCUGAGUUAUUUACCCGCAACUGAUGUUUCUAGUGUGUGCCAGACAUGUACAAAGCUCAACGAAGUUGCUGAUCAAGAAAUUGUGUGGCAAAAUUUGAUUAAAUCAGAGUUUAAUAUCAAAAAUCAUAUUGGUUGUUAUGAUGGUUCUUAUAAAGAUGUAUACACCAAAGUAUUACAUAAAUAUAAAGAUAUGCUGGGAAUUUGGCAGCCUGAGAUGGGUUCAUAUGGUGGAUUACUACAUAUUAAGUUAAGGGAUGGAAGAAUAAUAGGAGAAGAAUGUUUUGCUCCAGUAGAUCCUGAUGUUUAUCAUAAUCUACGAAAAAAAGUACUAUUUUCUAUUCAAUUGUCUGAAGAUACGACUCAUGAAGAAAUCUUAUGUUAUAGAGGUUUUGAUAGGCCUCAUCCUAGUUCUAUACAGUGGACAGAAGCUGGAACUGUUAAAUUCCAUUGUUCUGAUUCCGACAGACACAAACAUCCUGAAGGUAAACAAAAGGAAUUUGAGAGCUGGCUUGUGGAAGAAACAGGUCAAAGACCAAGUGAAUUUUUUGUUCAUGGUCAAGAAUUAUUAUUAAUGAAAUUUCUAGUUACAACACAAUUAGGAUGUACAUAUGAUUUAACACGUCUUUCAUUCCCUCAACCAGAAGCUAAUGUGAUAGUACAACCAGGCUUAUUUAAAGGUAACUAUGGUGGCCAUGGUAUAGAGUUAAUCAUGUUAACAUAUUUACCAGAUAUGAUGGCAGAAGGCAAGAAAAUAACAGGUGACCCCAAUGUACCAGCUAAUAAAAUAAGUUUAUAUAUAGAUUUAAGAAGACCAAUGUUUUUAAACCGAGAUCAACAACAAACCAUAGAUUUAUUACAACAAAUAGAUAUACCCGACUCUCCACCGGAUUCUUACCCUCAUAAUCUUCCCCCACAACCAUUCCGGGUACCUGAUGACUGUUUUGAAAGAUUUAGUGGUACACCUCAUAAAUGUAUUGGAAGGUUUCAUGCAAAAGGUCAAAUUGCAGGUCAUGAUUUCAGCAACCCCUCGAGAACACCAGGACAUUGGGUUGUUUUUGAUGAAAAUACCUUUGGUUUUCUGUGGUUGGAAUUAAAAUCUUUUAGUUUGUAUUCUAGAGUACAGGAACAUUUUGAUUGAAUCAAAACUCUGAAUGAUUGGGAUAAAUCAUGAAGAUCUUUAAAUUACAAUAUAUUUGCUUUAUCAGCCAUAUACCGUAGGAUCAUGCAUUUAAAAGUGAUAAUAAAAAUUCAUAGUAUUAUUAUUAUAUGAUGUAAAGAUGGAUUGUUAUAUUAUUUUCAUACCAAAUGUGAUAAAAUGGAAUGUUGUUAACCUAGAGCUUUAAAGUAUUUAAUAUUUAAUUAAGCAUUAAUAUAAGCUCUUAAAGGGAUUUAGCUUUACCAGCUGAUGGUGUUCAAAUUUCAUCUAUCUGUAGAACUUUGCACUAUUAAAACAUCCAGUCACUGUGUUAUCUUUACAGACAGUUAUGAAUGAUGACUUGGUGAUAAUUGUAUUACCCUGCUUGGGAGGUAGAACCCUACGUGGGAUUUUAACUUUGAAAACUGAUACAUAUAGCUUAAAUUGAGCUCUGUUAGCUGGUGAUGCAAUUAUUUAGAUUACUAUAUUCUGUAAAAAAAUUUACUGGAAUUGAUAAGAAUGUUUUUGAUUUGGAAUAACCACCGAAUAAACUAUUUAUUAAUGU